GUGGCCACAGCAGGAUACUAAACAAUAUUAGAGGAAACCAACUUAAGACCUAUAAUUUCCACAGAGCUGGUUGGAAAAGCAGUUGUCCACUGCCUUCCUGUUGCAGCAUGGCAUUUGAACUUGAUGUUCUCUGCCUGGUACUAUGGGCAAUAACAGGUUUCAGUUGUGAGCAGUGCAGAGAAGGAGCCACAUACUCAGGUGCUGUAAUCUCACCCAAUUUAGAAACCACUAAAAUCGUGCGAGUUCCUCACGCUAUGUCGCUGUCCGACUGCAUCGCAGCGUGUUGUGACCUCUCUGCUUGUGACUUGUCCUGGAUGUUCGAACGACGCUGUUACAUCGUCAACUGCCAGAGCAAAGAGAACUGUGAACCUAAAAAAAUUGACACUGUAAAGUCCUACCUUACUUUUGUGCUGAGGCCUUCUCAGAGGCCAGCCUCAUUACUGGGAUUUGGGCAAGUGAUCCCAAGCAUGGUUCACUCUGUGGGGCUCCAGAUUGAGCCAUCUGAGGUGAGUAGCCUGAAGGAGCUGUCUCUGCUCGGCAAAGAUCCCAGCCUUGAGGAGAUACCUGAAUAUAUUGACGAUUAUAAAGAGUUGGAGCAGGACCCCUUUCAGGUGAACAUCAAACAUGGGCAGAAAGAGAGCACAGAUUAUGCUGAGUGGGGCCUCAUGGUGGCAGGUGAAAACGGCUUUAACUCUUCUGUGGGUGAUGAUAGAGAUAACCAGGAAGACUUUGCUGCAAAGAAAGGGGCAGCUGAGAAGGUGGAAAGACUUCUGAAUAAAACCAUCUCUGAACUGAACUCUGUGACUGAGCACUCUAUAGAGAGGUUGUCAUCCCUCCCAGAGAUUACACCAUUCCCUGGGAAGACAUUUGAAAGUGAAGCCGCUGUUCAACUACUUGCACAACCUGCUGAUGCUUUGCCAAAAGAGGCUGCUACACCUUCCCCUUCUGCAGACAAACUGGAUUUCUCCCCAGGUGUGUCAGAGAAAACCCAGACUCCCACAGUGGCCCCUGAGAAUGCCACUGAAGGUGGGAUCACACUGCUUCCCACUAGUACUGUGCCAUCUGAGCUCACACAGCAAUUCACAGCACCCACUGCUGCUGCUAAAGCAGAUACAGUGAAAGAACUUGUUGUGUCUGCUGGAGAUAACAUACAAGUGAUGCUACCCAAAAAUGAAGUUGAACUGAAUGCCUUUGUUGUCCCACCACCACCUACAGAAACAGCCUACGCUUAUGAAUGGAGCUUAAUCAGUCACCCUGCUGACUAUGGUGGUGAAAUGGAGCGCAGGCACAGCCAGACCUUGAAGCUCUCUCAUUUAUCAGUGGGACUUUAUGCCUUCAAAGUGACAGUUUCUGGUGAAAAUGCCUUUGGUGAAGGUUUUGUAAAUGUCACAGUCAAACCAGCAGUCAGAGUUAACCAGCCACCUGUUGCCAUUGCUUCACCCAAAGCACAAGAGAUUUCUUUGCCUACAACUUCUACCUUCAUUGAUGGCAGUCAGAGUAUGGAUGAUAUGAAGAUCGUGAGCUACCACUGGGAGGAAAUUAAAGGUCCUUUGAGGGAGCAGAAGGCAUCUGCCGACACAGCUGUCUUGCACUUGUCUAACCUUGUUCCUGGAAACUACACUUUCAGACUCACAGUGAUUGAUUCGGAUGGAGCAGCCAAUUCCACCAUUGCAUCUCUGACUGUCAACAAACCAGUGGAUUACCCACCCGUUGCUAAUGCAGGACCUAAUCAGGCUGUCACCCUGCCACAGAACUUCAUCACACUGAAUGGAAAUCAGAGCAGUGAUGACCAUGAAAUUGUCAGCUAUGAGUGGUCACUCAGUCCUAAAAGCAAAGGCAAGGUUGUAGCAAUGCAGGGAGUGCGGACGCCGUACCUCCAGUUAUCUGCAAUGCAGGAAGGGGAUUAUACCUUUCAGCUGACUGUCACAGACUCUGCAAGGCAGCGGUCCACAGCUGAGGUCACACUGAUCGUACAGCCUGAAAAUAACAGUCCUCCAGUAGCAGUGACUGGACCUGACAAGGAAUUGACCUUCCCGGUAGAAAGUACUACCCUGGAUGGAAGCAAAAGCCAAGAUGACCAAGGCAUUGUGUUCUAUCAUUGGGAAAAUGUCAGUGGGCCCAGCUCUGUGCAGAUGGAAAAUAGCGACAAAGCAAUAGCAACUGUGACUGGUCUGCAGGUUGGCACCUAUCGCUUCAGACUGACCGUGAAAGACCAGCAGGGCUUAAGUAGUGCAUCUGUGCUAUCGAUUACUGUGAAAGAAGAAAACAACAGGCCACCCCGAGCGCAUGCUGGUGGGAAGCAUGUUCUAGUGCUUCCAAAUAACUCUGUUACCUUGGAUGGCUCAAGGUCUGCUGAUGACCAAGGGAUUGUGUCGUAUUUGUGGAUUCGGGAUGGUCAAAGCCCAGCAGCUGGGGAUGUGAUCCAUGGCUCAGAUCAUGAGGCAGUACUGCAGCUGACUAAUUUGGUGGAAGGAACCUAUACUUUUCAUUUGAAAGUGACUGAUGCCAAAGGAGACUCAGAUAUUGAUUCAGCCACAGUUGAAGUGCGGCCUGAUCCCAAAAGGAGUGGUCUGGUGGAGCUGAUCCUGCAAGUUGGAGUGGGACAGCUGAGUGAACAGCAGAAGGACACCCUGGUGCGACAGCUGGCUGUGUUGCUGAACGUUUUGGAUUCAGAUAUCAAAGUUCAGAAGAUACAAGCAUAUUCAGAUAUAAGCACUGCAGUUGUGUUCUAUGUGCAAAAUGGGCAUUCUUCCAAGGUGAUCAAGGCAUCGGACGUCUCACAAACUCUGCAUGUGCAGCUUCUGAAAGAGAAGGCUGACUUCCUGCUGUAUAAAGUCCUGAGGGUUGACACUGCUGCCUGUCUUUUAAAAUGCUCUGGACAUGGACGCUGUGACCCCAUAACAAAGCGCUGCAUUUGCUACCAUCUGUGGAUGGAAAACUUGAUUGAUCGUUAUUUAAAUGAUGGAGAGAGCAAUUGUGAGUGGAGUAUACUCUAUGUGACUGUAUCUGUGUUUAUUUUGAUUGUGGUCAUGGUAGGACUUGCCUGGUUCUGCAUCUACUGCUGCAAAAGCAGAAAGAGGACAAAGAUAAGAAAGAAAACAAAAUAUACUAUCCUUGAUAACAUAGAUGAGCAGGAAAGAAUGGAGCUACGACCUAAAUAUGGUAUAAAACACAGAAGUACAGAACACAACUCCAGCCUGAUGGUCUCUGAGUCAGAGUUUGACAGUGAUCAAGACACGAUCUUCUGCAGAGAAAAGAUUGAAAGAGAGAAUCCUAAAACUCUCAUAAAUGGAUCCAUAAGAAAUGGAGUUUCCUUCAACUACAGCUCCAAAGACAGAUAAACUGAAUGAGGGUCAAAAUACAGCACAUGCUGGCCCAACUCUGUUUCUCCAGAGCCAAAAGCUUCCUGAAAUACAACCAAUUGCAGAUAAAAGGGUAAAUUUCUGGCACAGUUAGGGGAAAGAAGGAUGGUCAGCCAACUCCUCUUGACACCAUUUAUUAAAAUAAGGAAAAGCACAUUUAUUUAUUUCCCUUUCCAUGCUGAAUGUUUGUCUGAACCUUGGAAGGACUUUUUUUCCUGUAUCAUUGCUACAGAACCAGAUAGGCUGUUAUGCUACUAAUGAUGGUAACUGAGAUACAUACACAUUUGUGUCAUGGAACCCAAAAGCAGCAAGUGGAACAGGAAGCUUCUCAUGUUACAAUCUGAACUUCAGGACCCAUAAUACUUUGCUCCAGCCAGCAUUUUGAUUUUGAAGCUGGCAUGAGGCAGAUGGUUUUGAAUAACAGCAGCAAAUAUUCAGCUUAGCCCAUGACACCUGUGCUCCUGUUUCUGUCUCAGAGAAUACAGUGAUUGUGACCUGACCUGAAGCAGUGAAAGCCAGUAUGGAUUGUCCUGGUUUCACAGUCUGUCGUCCAAGUGAAUCAUACACACACAGAGAUAGGAGGAAAAAUAACACUCAAUAAAACCCUGGGUUGAGAUAAGGAGUUUAAUCAGAUGAUGUGAUGCACAAUUACCUUGGGCUGUUUUGCAGAAAAGCACAGCAGAAGCAGCAGCGGAAGCCAGCGAUAAAAUGCCCCCCCCACCCCCUCAAGCACACAUCCAGCCCAGCAGAAAAGACAACAGCCUAAAGCUGGAAACGGGAAGCCUCUGAACUUCAAGCACCAUGAUACUUUGCUCUAGCCCACUUUGAUUUUGAAGCUAAUAUGGUACUGAAUACUCAUCAGCAGAUGCAACUCAACCCAUGACAUAGAUAAAUUCUCUUCUAACUACAAAGACCUAUAUGUGACCAGAGGCUCCUUCUUUAUUUUCAGUUUAGACUUGGAACACAGAGAGAGCAUCUUUAGUGCACUGUGCUUAUCUCUGACUGUGCUUUGUGACUUUCUUUUCUAGGGUAAUGCUCAUCAGAUGGAAAUGUCUUUGUUUUCAAAGGAAUUUUACAAUUAGCACUUGCACUUAAAUCACCUGUAAAGUAACAUCAUGCAUCUGUGUCCUGUAGGAUGCAAUGUUUGCUGUAUUUGCAUAGAAAGUAUGGUGCCUGCAGGGAAGUCCAGUCCAGUCUUCUGCAAUGAUGAAGGUACUUUGGUUCUCUAAGGUCAGCUAUGCCCAGGCAGAGACCAAUAGCAGAUAGGUGGGACUUAGUGGAACUGCC